UGCACUCAUUGGCUGAUCUGGGUUGCAUCCGCUCAUAAGAAAUGCCGCUCUCAGGCUCCUGAUCUCUGCUCCCAGAAUAAGUAGAAAUGGGCAGAAGGACCCCGGUUGUCCUCUUGGUGGCCCUGUGGGCCAGCCAGCUGGGUCUGUGGGUGGCGGGGCGCUUCAAGGUGAACCCCAGGAUCAUCACGGCUCCCCGAGGUGCAAGAGAGUAUGUCUUUCCCACGAGUGAGAAAUAUCCUGUCUUUUACCAUAAAGAAAACAGCUCAGCCAUCUUCGUUGGAGGAGAGGGAAAGCUUUACUACUAUGACUUUGCAACCUAUGAGACGUACACGGAAGACUUCCCUGUGAUAAAAGAAGGACAGUGCAUGAACUCUGGAGGUCUGGAAGAUGAUAAAAAUUACCUCACGUUACUGGGGGAGCAUGGAAACGGGAUGUUAGUGUGUGGAACCGGCGCCUGCUCUCCUACCUGCUGGCACUGGGAACAAAAGAAGAAGGGCUCUCCAUGGGAUGGGAGAGGUAUUGCCCCUUUCAGCCCUGACUCAAAUUCCCUCGUCAUUGUUGAUGGUCAUGACAUCUAUUCCACCAUCAAGAAGAGCCAGCAGAAUGGCAAGAUACCCCGUUUCCGGCGAGUGAGAGGGGGUGGAGAGCUCUACACAAGUGACACAGUGAUGCAGAACCCCCAGUUUGUCAAAGCAACCACAUUAAGGCAUGAAGAGCCUCACCAGGACAAGAUUUACUACUUCUUUCGUGAAGACAAUCCAGACAAAAGUCCUGAGGCACCCAGAAACAUCUCCCGCGUGGCCCAGCUGUGUAAGGAAGAUAAAGGGGGAACCAGUUCGCUCUCUGCUUCCAAGUGGACCACCUUCCUGAAGGCCAGCUUGAUUUGUGUCGACCCGGUCACCAAGGGCAACUUCAACUGGUUGCAAGAUGUCUUCUUUGUCCCGUCGAGUAACUGGAGGGAUUCCAAAGUCUAUGGGCUCUUCACAAACACCUGGGGAAGCUCUGCUGUUUGUGUCUAUUCCUUUGGGGACAUUGACAAUGUAUUUCGGACAUCCAAACUCAAAGGCUAUAAUGGUCCCAACCCGGAUAUCAAGCCUGGACAGUGCGUUUCCUCUGGACAGCACACCCCAAGCGAGACCUUCAAGAUAGCCGACAGCCACCCAGAGGUGGAGGACCGAGUGGAGCCCCUUGCCCCCACCAAAAGCCCCUUAUUCCACAACAAGCACCGCUACCAAAAGAUUGGGGUGCAUGAGGUCUCUGCAGCCGAUGGACGUCGCUACAACGUGCUCUAUCUGGCAACAGACAAGGGAUCCAUCCACAAGGUUGUGGAGUUGCCGGACGGGGUGCAGAAUAUCGUGGAGCUCCAGGUCUUCCCAAAGAAGGACCCGAUCCAGUCCAUGAUCCUAGACCACCAGAAGGCAAUGCUGUAUGUGGGCUCAACAGAUAAAGUCAUGGAGAUACCCAUGGACAUGUGUGGGGUGUAUCGUAACAACUGUGAGAGCUGCUUGCUGGCAAGGGACCCAUAUUGCGGGUGGUCUGAUGGGCGUUGUCAGUCAGUGUAUCAAGGCCGGGAGGUGCUUCAAAACCUGAACCUGGGCUCAUGGAAAGAAAAGUGCCAAGGGGGUAAAGUUAAGGAAGCAGACAACUACCAGAACAUCACAGUAGUCCCUUUCUCUCGCUACUACCUCAACUGUCCUGUCGAGUCGCACUAUGCCACCUACAACUGGUACCACAACGACUUCCUCAUCAAGACCUGUAAUAACACCCACCCCCAGCAGGACUGCUUCCAUUUCAUCCAGAACGUGAGCCACGCUCACUAUGGCCGCUAUGUCUGCGUCUCUGAGGAGGAUGGCUUCAGGCAGGCUCUGGUGAAGGAAUGUCUGGUGAACCAGUUCAGGUUCAUGUCACAGAAGGGCCAGGCCACCAUGACAUUUGGCUCCUGGUUGCAACUGCUUCUGAUGGUGAUGUUGGUGGAGCUCUUCCACUGAACGUGACAGGAUCACAUUCCCACCUUCCAAUCUGCUGCUGCUCUUUCUCGACUUGCUGUCCGCUCCUGAGGCGAGAUUCCCAUUCUCUUAGUCGCUCUUAGGACAUUACUCUUCGACCGUCCCAGAAGGGGUCCUGCCACUCUGGGCAGCAACCCCUUCAUUUCUGAUCCUGGUGGAAGAGGUGGCUCUCAGGCAUUGUGAAGAAGAUGCGACUGCAAGGCCAGAUGGAGCAGGGGUUGGGGCAGGGAGGGAAGGGGUAUCCUAAUACGCAGCAGAUAUUCACUGCACCCAGCAAUGCUGAUGGGGUGGCUUCGGGCUCUCCCCCAACAUUUGCUGGUAGCUCUGUGCUGGUAAUCCCUGUGAGCAUGCACUGGGUGCCAGUUUUGUUCAGGGGACUAUGCGGAUGUGCAUGCACUGAUCCUCAGGGCUUGGUGACUCUUCUCUUUGGGAACAUGCAUGCGAUGAAGAAGAGGAGCCAGCCCUUGGCCUUACCAACUGGUUGACUCUCCAAGUGAAGACUGAUGCCUCCAGGGUUUUAGUUGCUAACAUCUGUUUGAGUUGUCAAGCACCUGGAACGCUCUCCAUGUCACCUAUGAGUCCCUUCCUGGCCUGGGCACAGGCGUCAGAAGAAUCGGACCCUGGGAGCAUUUUGCUUUUUUGUGGACAGGGGAGGAACUAGCACUGGUAACCUGCAGGAAGGGCCAGGCACAGAGUUAGCGUUUUGCAUGGAAAAGACUUGGAGGAUGACUAGAUUUGGCAGGUGGGGAAGGACAGACCAAAGGGUGCUCAAUUUCCUGGAGAUGGGAAGGGGAGCCCAAACCAGAACCAGGGUGGCCCUGGGAAGAAAUUCAGACGCACAAGUCCUCUGCAGGCAGCGAAGGGCAUUUAUCUGUGGUCAGCAGACAGAGCCUGCUUCCAGUGCACCUUUCCUCCUAGCGAGGGACCGGGCUUCCUCAGGGAAAGAGGACACAGGCUGCAGAUCUCGGGGCGCUGCAAACAGGUGAGCAGAGCAGAGGGGCUGCUCCCGUUUCCACCGCCCAGGAGCAGAUCUGCCUCUCUCCCUCGCAGCGGGUGCUGAGGGAGGAGAAGGGGUAGCACCACAGUUACUUCCCUUUGGCCUUUGAGGCCUCUUAGCAAGACUAAACUGUGAACAUUGGGAUUCUCUCCCUAGGCCUGCGUGCCAGGGCCGAUCCCACAGCUUGUCCAAGCCUUUUCCAGCCCUCUUGGCCCCCAAAACACCCAGCCUCCAGCCACGUAAUGGAGGGACAUCAUAUCACAUGCUUCCACUUACCUUUAACGGCGACAACAGGUCGUGCUUUGCGCCUGCUCAGAGAUGCUCAGGAGCACUGGAGCGGGACGAGCACCGGGCAGGCGGCGCAGGCAGCUGGGGAGCUGAGUCCCAGGAUCUCUUGGCUAGGGGCAGACACGCCGCGUGGUUUUAUGACCGCAGGCUACGGGCAACGGGCCAGAGGUGCCUACUGCACUACGUUUCCACACCAACCUUCGGAGCCUAGAGUAGAGCUUGUUACGUUUCUUCUCAAAGCACUUUAACUUUGUGAACUAACAAAUAUCUAUUUAUUAGCUGCUGAGGAUUAUUGUUCUUGUAUAAUUUUAUAAUAUUAUAGAAAGGGGGCUCGAGUCAGAAAGAACAAAACAGCUACCAAAAACCUCUCAGAGCUGUGACCAAAGCGCGAACGGGAUUGUGGAAAUAAAAG